CAGAGCCCACAACGAGCUCGCAGCCAUCCCACGAUCAUUACCAACACGAAGAGGAGAUAGUAGAAGAAAAAAGAUCCCUUGAAACCCCCAGACCUUUUAGAACCAGCCUUAUUGACUCGCUUCGGGAUCGUUUCCCAAAUGGACCGCCAGAAACGUACGAUGAGUUCAUCCAGGUGUCUCUGAGUAACAUUCCUCCUGGAAUCAUAGAUAACUAUGAAUCAGAAUUUCCUACGCAGCGGACAAAGGUUUCGACCCUCCGGACGCUGUUCAAUGCAACUUCUCAAUUGAUCACUUCUACCGCUGCAAGCAUGGUGUCUUCUUCAGAUUCGCAGAAACUGCGUCCAAUCAUUUCUUACCCGAAACGCAUCGAACCUACCAAUUCAAAACCCUCUCGCUCCCCCGUCCAGUCUUCUCCAGUUCAAUUCUACACACAGUCCUUCACGGGAGUAGGUCCACCACCACCUCUUCCCUCCCCAUCCGAUGUACUCGACAUUCGGCCCUUGUCGAGGAACACGACCCGAAGGUCUCAUAGCUCCCAUGGGCACUCUCGCGUAUCGGGAGACCAGCCCAGGCGUCAUAUUCUUAUCGACGUUGCUCAACCGACCUUGUAUCCGCCCACUCAAUCCGAUGCUGUGAACAAGGACCCAAGCACUUUUCCCCGUCAAAUUCAGGCCAAAAGGAAGACUGUUCGCAUCGUCACCCCACACAAAACGCAAAAGAUGUCAAAUCCUAAGAAGAGACCAAAGUCAGGAAACCGUGUGGUUGGGCUAUUUGCAGGAUUCACUUCUCUCUUCAGUAUUACCUUGGAAGAUAUCAUCCAUAUCCUCACCUUCUCCGAUCCUGCACAUUCGUUAUUCGUUCUAGGUUUCUUCACUGGCCCUCAAACUUGGUUACUCGGGGGGUUUUAUGUCCCAUCGAUGGACCGCCAUGAUCGUAAAAGUCGGUUGAGAGUCUGGGUUGGCAAGAAGAUUGAACAAAUUCGCGAUGGCACACCAAAACCCAGUGUAGAGAGAGCCUCGGAUGAACUGUUGGAGAGAAUCGAGCGAGCGUCCUCUAGACUCACCUCAGAAUCUUUUGAGAUCGGCCGGCAUACCGCCUCUGAUAGCAAUAAUAGCAGACCAAGGCUGCAAUCAAACGUACCGAGUCCUGCCAACACGCGAGCUGCCUCUCAAUAUUUAGAUAUACCCCGCCAGAGUACUCCCUCUGAUGCACCACACAUUCAUUUUCGCUCUUUUCUUGCAGUUCCAAACGGUCCUAAAGGUCCAAACCUUUCCGCAGUGUUGAAUGACUUGGAAGAGCUAGGCGUCAACCCCGAGCGCAGCGUAUGGAUUCGUCGUUUGGUGAAGGCCACUUUGUACUUGAAAGAACUAAAUUAUAUCAUAGAAAACAUAUAG